ACAAGUAAAUUAUGAAACCGAAUGUGCCAAGUAUGCAAGGUUGAAGAAAAAAGAUAAAAAUUUACGUGCUAACCAUGCAAAGUUAAAACAAAGAUUUAGACUCUUGGAACUACAAGUUAAUCAACCAUUAGCAAACAUGGCAACAACAGCUGUACAAGCUAUGCAAGUCAUUGGACCAGAAAUUGCAAAGAUUCCGAAUUUUGUAGGUCAAGAGACACCUGAUGAUUUCAUCAGAAAAAUUACACAGGCUUUAUCUCCAGUAUGGGACUGGACUACUGAUGGACAAGUAAUGGCUGGUGAUCGCGGAAAUGCUAGUAUUAAUCCAGCUUUACAUCUCAAUAUAUUGAAAUCCAAGAUGGGUGGGCAGUUUGCAAUAGUACCUGAUAAUAUUCCAGCUGAUUUCCCUAUAACCCCUAAUCAGGCUAUUGAUUCAAAUCAAUUAUAUUAUCCUCCAGAUCAAAAUAUUAUGAGUCAGAGACUUGAGGCUAUGCCUCUACCUCAAGCAGUUCAACAACCAGUUCGAAAUAUUGCUCCACAAGCAGUUCAACAACCGGUUCAAAAUAUUGCUCCACAACCAGUUCAACCAACCUAUUAUAAAUUUGAUCCUAAGGCUUAUGUUGAGGAUACAGUUACAUAUAACAAAAAUAGAGAUAAUAUUAAUAAUCUUUUAUCACAUAAUCAAAGAAACAUGGAAACAUUAAUAGAUCAAGUAGUUCGGAGGAGAAUCCAACUAGAAUCAAAUCCAAAAUUUAAUAAAAUUAAUAGAUAUAUGGAUAUUAGAGAUACUGCCCAGAAAGCUAUUGAUGAUGAAGAAAAUCGUCCUGAUGAUCCUAUGGAUAUUGAUUAUGCCCUUAUUAACCUAACCAGAGAGCUUCCAGGUGGUCUAGCUAAUAGGACU